AUGUCGCACACCUUGUCCGCCACUCCACCACCACCACCUCUUCAAGAGCAAACCAUUGCCAAGAAGUAUCCGCCGCCAGCCAAAAAUCAACAUGAAUUGCCAACAUGUACCUGGGCGCUGGAGUACCCUGAAUUACAGAAGGCGUGUUUUCUAGCACGCGUUUGUGAGGACAGGGCUCCACAGCACUGCCAACUUCGCAAAGUCGCCUCUAUUCUACAAGAGGGACCCACCUGUGGUUUGACUGCAUUAAGCAUGCUUUUGAAUGGCGCACCUAACCCUACCGAACUCUUGCAGUUGGCUAAGCAGCGAGGCUACACAAACAAUGGCGAAAUGUUUAGUGCACAAAAUCUAUUUAAACUUAUUUGUGAUGCUCUAAAUUCGGCAAAUUCUUCAGCGACCGAAGCGAACAGAAGAGAAAAGUCCACAUUGAAUGGUAUGUCGGUGACGGAAACAGGUGCCAAUGAAUGCGAGACCGAGAUGCCGGCAGUGGAAUGCGUGUUACAUCAAGGCCGACUUGACUGUGCCAAGGUCAGAUCAGCGUUGCAGGCGGGUGCUUGCAUUUUUGUACCGUACGAUCCUGACUACAAUCAUUCACCUUGUUUGAAAUAUGGUCACAAAGCGCAUUGGGCACUCAUCAUCGGUUACUUGAUUAACGAAAGUAAUGAGUACUUUGUGAUAGCGCGUCACGGAAAAGCGAAGAAUCUUGCUGUCUGGUCAAUGACUUCUCUAAGCGACAGCAAUGCCAACCUUAUAGAGUUCGAACAGCCGAAAGGUUAUCCCGAUUGUGAUUUUCUGCUACCCCCUGGUGGUAUUGGUGGUGAUUUAGGUUUAAGAGAACGUGCCAUUAUUGUAAACAUGUUGCCGCUAGAAGACUUAUUUUUCUACGCGAGAAACGAAAGGAAUGCCAAGCAUUAGCCACCUUAAUGUCUUCUCUGUAAUUGUAUAUUUGUACUCUAGAAAAUGCAAAUUAAUUAACCAUAAAUUGCCAUGUUAUUAAAGAAAUGUAACCAAGUUAGAGAAAAGAAAUGUCUAAAUAUUAAACUUGUAACAACAGUGAAA